AUGCUUGAUCUUCACCAGUGUCAAAACUUUCCUAGGAAUCAUCUCUCUCCAAGCUGCCAUGUCCGUAGCAGUCGUCCCGGUAGUGCAGAAGAAAAAGACUUUGAUUUCUGGGAAACGAACACGUUGUUGAGAUGGAACAUCGAAGAUGAGUCUUCUUCUUUGCUCCCCAACAACCACCACUAUAGUAAUCCUUGUACAAUGACGACGUUGUCACAAAGACAAGCAGAAAUUGUUCAAAGUAGGAGGGAGAUGAUGGAAAUGAUCCAAGACAUGCCCGAGUCAUGUUACGAACUUUCUCUAAAAGAUAUUGUUGAUGAUGAGCAACAAGGUGCUCAGGGGGUUAGAGAAGAAGAAACUGAUGCCAAAGAGACAAGUUUCAGCUUUUGCAGUGAAGAAGUCCAAAUCAGGAAGCAAAAGAGUAACGUGAAGAAGAAAAGCAGCUACGAAAUAUCAAGGACUUGUUCAAGCAUGGAAUGUGAAACUUUCCUAAUUAAGAUGUUCUUUCCAACUUUUCUAGGUUCAAAGAAGAAACCAAAGUCACCUGGGAAUCGCUCCUCAAAAGUUACCCCAAGCCCUUCAUUAUCAUUAAAGGACAACCAUAAAGAUUGGUGUAAGAUAAGGACAUUUUUCCUUGCAGGAGUAAAUAAAAACAAUCAGGGAAACAACAGCAGCUGCAGCAGCAGAACUAGGUUUUCUGAUGAGAGCAAUACCUUACCUGGGUGCUGGUUCUUCUUCCACAGCAAGAAAAGCAAAACCAAGAGACAAUAG